ACCACGUGACAGAAACCGAAAAAGAUACAGCUACAUUUUCAAGAAAAUGAAAGUAAAUAAAAGUCCAUCCUAGAUUGGUCUAUGAGACAUGAGGAAGUAGAUUACCGAAGAAGAGAAAAAGAGUUUCUUUAUCCUCUUUCAACAACAUGGCCCAAAUAAAUGGAAAUCCAAACACUCAAAACGAAGAUGACUAUUCAGGAAAGAAACUCAAAGCUCUUCCCAGACAGCUGCUCCAGAGAGGUGCCGAUGCAGUAAAGGUGGAGCUACAGCGAAACCGACUCAGGCAAAUCACUGAUAUCUCACAACUUACAAACCUCAAAGAGCUCAACCUGAGCAGAAAUGAGAUCACCGACUUUCCUGUGGAGAUUAGAGCAUUACGCCAACUCAAGACACUUUAUUUGAAUCAGAACAAUAUCAAAACCAUCCCAGAAAAUGUCUUCCCGUCUUUGGAAAAACUGAAUUUCCUAAAGUUGAGCACCAAUCGGCUUGAAAAGCUACCCAGUGACAUUAGCAGAUGCCAAGAUCUAACCUAUCUGAACCUGUCCAACAACUGCCUGAAGGAUCUGUAUCCUCUUGUGGGACUCUCGCGCCUAAAAGAGCUGUAUAUUGAGAGGAAUCAGCUGGCAGAGCUACCAGACAGGCUUUUUCAAAACAGUAGCUUGAAUGUGUUUAAAGCUAAUGGCAAUCCUCUGAGAAAGCCGCCUGGAGAAGUCUGUGCUGGAGGAUUGAAAGAUAUUCAGAAUUACUUUGCUAUGCUUGAAGCAAAUGCCCCAGAUGUCUACACUGUGAAGACCAUGUUUCUGGGCAACUCCAUGGCAGGAAAAUCCACUCUGUGCCGCAGUCUAAAGGAGGGUUGCCCUGUGCAAGUGGCAGAGGCCGAUCGUACUGUAGGGAUUGAGAUCAGUGAAUUUACAGUGAGAGAUGGCAGUGAUAGCAUCCGUUUUUUAUUUUGGGACUUCGCUGGACAAGAGGAAUACUACAUCACACAUCAUGUAUUCAUCACUCCUCAAGCCUUUGUCAUUCUAGCCAUCAACCUUUCCAGUUACAAAAUGGAUGAAGCAACUUUCAAAGAGAACGUGGUCUUCUGGAUUACAAAUCUUCAGCUUCAAAUACCCGAUUCAGUGGUCCUGCUUGUGGGCACUCAUGUUGACCAGUGCCAGGAUGAGAAUGAGGUGAAAAAAAAGAAAGAGCAUAUCGAAGAGCAGGUUAAAAAAAUGCUUGACACACAUACAGUGAAUUUAGAGCAGCGGAGGAAGAACCUGCAGGAAGUGGAUGACCCGUCUUCGAACUCUGAGCAGAUAAAUCAGAUUGAAAGACUCACCGAGUACAAACUAAAGGUCCUCGAAUUGGUCCCCAUAGAUUGCACUAAACCGGCAGACAUCGACAAGCUUAAAACACGCAUCAAAGCUGAGGUUUUAAACAAAGAUACAUUCCCUAGCAUAGAACAAACAUUACCCAGAAGCUACUAUGAGGUGGAGAAUCAUAUCCAAGAGCUUCUGGAAAACGGUGACAUUCCUGAGCAUGGUGUUGUGAGUCAAGAUGUCCUCUUGUGUGAACUGAAGAACAGGCUAACCACACUAGACGAUGAUAAACUGAAAUUAAUUCUUCAGUAUCUUCAUCGAAUUGGCGUCAUCAUGUGGUACAAGGAAAUCCCCGAACUGCAGGAAUCUUUGUUUGUGAAACCAUCAUUCCUGAUCUCAUUGUUUAAGACUGUUGUGAGACAUGAUCUUGUCCAGGAGCUGAACAAGAUUUCCUCUGCGCAGCGGAAGUCAGAAAACGCCCUUGUGGUAGAUAAGAAAAGAUGGAUCAGGGACUAUGAAGAGAGAGCAUCCUUAAGCAAUGUGGCUAUUAGGAUCCUUGUGCGGACUGAGCUCGAGAAGAUCUAUGAAUCUGCAGAUAAAGAGCUCAUUGAAGAGGUGGUUGGGUCCAAAAACAAAGAGGGAAGUCUCCUAUCGCUGCUAAAACACUUUGAUGUAUGUCUGUCAACCAAACACAACAGCGGUCUCAAUCCAAAAGCCAACGAAUUCUGUCCGAAAAAAGAUUGGGUGCCCUCAAAUCCCACUGUAUAUGAGCUAGAUGCAUGUAUGUUCCCAAGUUUCCUGCCAGACAACAUGCAGGUGGAGCGAGAGUGGGGAUCUAACAGUUCAGAAGACCUCAACAUCCGGGUUUACCUUAUGCCUGAGAUACCACAUGGUUUCUUCCACAGGCUGGUCGUCAGGACUUGCUCCUUUUAUUCUCCAUUCUGGAUAGGAAAGGACCAGUGUAUGCUGUGCUGUGGUGAUAAACGUGUUCUGCUCAGAGAGCGGCGUUUUGACGAGGACCAGUUCAUUGAGAUACGCUGCAAAGAAAGUGCGCUUGAAACCUCAGAAGACAUUCAGAAAGCAUGGAAAGUGAUAAAAGAGAUCAUGAAACGUCUGGACAGGCUUAAAGAGCAGUGGCAAGGCUUGUGCCAGAAAGUGCACAGCCCCUGCAAAGCCCAGGACUGUGAGGAUUUCUUUGAAUGGACUGACUGGCAUGACUGGUUAGAAGAUUCAGAGACAAACAGGUUUAAUUUGGGACUAGAGGAAAAAACCACAUGCCGUAAUGGACACCAGCGAAGGACAGAGUUGCUGUUCCCCAGAACUCCUGAUGCCUAGGAUGGACAAUAAAUGAACCUUGAUUUGACUUCAUGGACAGAGUUUGACAUCCCUUCAUGGAUAGAGUUUGACAUCUCAGCUUUAAACAGUUUAAACCACUUUGUUUACAGAAUCAGCACAACAGCAGUGUAAAAUUUUCGAUAUGCACUUUGUGCAUAUGUUUAAUGCACUUUAUCUUGCUGAGAAAAGCAACAUAAACCAUCAUAGGUUUUUAAUGGUUAUAUAAUGAAAAUUAUAUUGGUUUUAAUGGAAAUUUGAAUGGUUUUUUGGGUCUUCACUGAUAAUUUUUACAUUUUAUUGAUGGCAUGUUAAAACCAGUAAAUUCUAAUGGAAUAUGUCCUAAAGCACAUGCAAAAGUACUACGUUUAAUGGUUAAAAUUUGAGGGUUUGCAAAAUUUCUUACAGCCAAAACUAUUACAGCUUCUGUUUUGUUCAGCAGGGAAUUUAUUUCAUAUUUUAUGAUUUCAUAUAUGGAGGUGUUUAAUAUUACUAAAGGGAAAACUCUCAGUCAAGAAUUGUUCAGUACGAGAUGUUGUCUUGUAAAUACAUGUUGUUGCCACUAGGGGGUGACAAUGUAUAUCUAUACGUUUACUGCUCACAGUCUGUUCACUCUGUGUUUAAAGCAGAACUGGCUUGAACCUGUAAAGGAUUGUUCAAUAAAGCUGUGAGAUUCCUCAAAGUC